GAUGCCUAGGUGGACAUGGUCAUGAUUUCAUGUUGUGUGUGUUUCAACCAGGGCACUGCACUGCUGUUCUUACCCAAUGGCACCAAGCUGUUUGCUGUGUUCUACACACUAGGUAACCUUGCUGCACUCUCCAGCACCUGUUUCCUGAUGGGACCCGUGAAGCAGCUGAAGAGAAUGUUUGAACCGACCAGACUGAUAGCCACCUGUGUUGUGUUGCUCUGUCUCGUUUUGACUCUUUGUGCAGUUUUCUGGUGGCAAAAGAAGGGACUGGCCAUCAUCUUCUGCAUUCUACAGUUCUUAGCAAUGACAUGGUAA